UACGUUGUCUCUCUUUAGUGGUAAUCAGCUGAUCAUCUUGCUGGAUCUGUCUCUCUUUGAUUGCUAAAGAUUCGAUUUCCUAAUUUGGCAGACAUGAAGUUCGUUGGAAUUAAUGUGGAAAUGAUAUGGCCUUGUCAACAUAAAGCAUUGUCUCCGAGUAUUGAAAAAUUAACAACAUUGAUUGUAGAUGGGUGUGGGAAUUUGAACUUUCUAUUCACAUCUUCUAUUGUUGGAAGUCUUGCACAGCUUAAAGUGCUUGAGAUAUGUGACUGCAAAUCUAUGGAAGAAGUAAUACUUGCAGCAGGAGAAGGAGAAACGAUGAGCAAAAUUUUAUUACCUAAAUUAGACUCUCUAAAGCUCAAAGGUCUUCCCAAGCUUGUAAGGUUCUGCAUAGCUAAGUUAAUUGAAUGUCCCUCCUUGAAAGUGUUGAAGAUGGAGAAUUGUCCUCGUCCGCAAGCAUUUGUCUCCACACAAGUGAACACAGCUCUCUUCGAUGAGAAGGUUCGGUUUCCUAAUUUGGAGGAAUUGCAUGUUGAGGACAUGCAUAUGUUGAAGAUGAUAUGGUGUGAUGAAGUCCUAACAGAUUCCUUUGGUAGAUUAAAAGUGCUAAAGGUGCUAAAUGGAAAACAGCUACUGAAAGUCUUUCCGUCUAAAUUGUUGGAAAAGUUGUUGGUGAAUCUAGAAUCAUUAACUGUACGAUAUUGUGAUUCAGUGAAAGAGGUAUUUGAUCUCCAAGCAAUAAUAAAAGAAAGAGAAGCACAUGUUGUAAGGUACAGUCAAUUGAGAACUUUGGACAUUCGGAAUCUUUCCAACUUAAUUCAAAUAUGGAAUAGGGAUCCUCAUGGCGUUCUCUCCUUUUAUAACCUACGUAAAGUGUUUGCUUGGGAUUGUCCAAAUUUGAAAAAAUUGUUCCCAUUUUCAGUAGCUCAAUGUCUACCGCAUCUUGAAUUUCUAAGCAUAGGUGAUUGUGGAGUGGAGGAAAUCGUUACUAAGGAGGAAAGAGCAGAGGCACUUACUAUUAUUCCCAAGUUUGCAUUUCGUGGGCUAAAGACCAUGGUCCUUUGGGGAUUAGAUGAAUUGAAGUAUUUUUACUCAGGAAAGCACACUCUAGAAUGUCCACAACUAAAAUAUUUAAAUGUGUUUUUGUGCGCAAAGCUGCAAACUUUCAAUUUUGAAUCUCAAGAAAUACAAGAAAUGAUCAUGGAUAAGCAAGAGGACGAACUGAAACUUCAAACUCCACAACCACUUUUCUCAUUUAGAGAGAUUAUUGGCAAUUUGGAGAGAUUAACAAUAAAUGACCAGGACGCUGCAAUGAUACAACAAAGCCAAUUUCCAAUGGAUCUCUUUGUCAAACUAAAAUUUCUUCAGCUGCAAAGCUUUGGUUAUUCUUUCUUGAAUUUGCCACUUAAUCUUCUUCAGAAGUUUCCAAAUUUGGAACAACUUGUUUUGAGGGAUUGUUAUUUCAAAGAAUUACUGCAACAGAGUCAUGGUCAUGAUCCAGUUCUAUCACAGAUCCGAUACUUAGAUCUGAUUUGUCUUCCUAAUAUUAGACAUAUAUGGAAUCAAGAUUCUCCAUUUUUUCAGAAUCUUGAAACUCUUGAAAUAUGGUAUUGCAAUGGUUUGACUAAUCUGGCACCAUCCUCUGCAACUUUCCAAAAUCUUACGACUCUGCGUGUGUGGAAGUGUAAUGGAUUGUCAAGCUUAGUAUCUUCUUCUACUGCUGAAAGUAUGCACAAUCUCGCCACAAUGAUUAUAGAAGAAAGCGAUGCGAUUGAAGAAAUUGUGUCAAGCGACAAAAAUAAUUUCCAAUCCCAAAAUGAGAUUAUUUUGAGGAAAUUAACAACUUUGAGACUUUGCUGCUUAAAAAGCCUCGAAACUUUCUGCUCAUCCGCACGUUGCACAUUAAAAUUUCCAGCUUUGGGUUGUAUAUCUCUUACAGUGCCCUAAAAUGAAGGUUUUUUCUCAAGGAUCUAUAAGCACACCAAGGCUAAAGAGAGUAAAUUUGACAAAAGAAAGAGAUAAGUGGCGUUGGGUUGGGGAUCUUAAUUCCACUAUAAAACAAUUGUAUGCAGAUAA